CAGUACCUCCCCCAUCAUCUCCGUACAUGAGAGAGAGAAAGAGGCGCACGCAGAGCGCACAGUCCGGGUUACAGAGAACACGAAGCACCGAGACACCGAGCUGAGAUUCUUUUGUUCUGGAGAUACGGAUUAUUAGUAGAACAUUUAGUUAUUUUCUCGGUUUACACCUGAUGGAAAUAUACUAUUAUCAUAACUGAUUAUAUGGUGUUUGAUGCUUCAUGUUGAAGGGAAAAUGUCGGACAGAACAAUGACACGGCAAGUACUGUUGUUUAUCUCGGUCCUCUCUCUCAGUUCAGUACACGGGCAGGUCAGUUACUCCAUUCCCGAGGAAAUGGCGAAAGGCUCUUUAGUCGGUAACAUAGCGCAGGAUCUGGGUUUAGAUAUCAAAAGACUGAAAUCAGGUAAAGCUCGUAUUUAUACUGGAGACAGCGCAGAGUACAUCGACCUGAAUAAAGAAAGGGGAGUUCUCCUCAUCAAAGACAGAAUAGACCGUGAAUCACUCUGCGGACAGACGACGCCUUGUGCACUACAUUUUCAGAUUAUUCUAGAGAACCCGAUGGAAUUUUACACCAUAACUGUUGAAAUAACGGAUGUUAACGACAAUAUUCCAUCAUUUGAAAAGAGUGACGUACAAUUUAAAAUAAGCGAGUCUGCAGUCAUUGGAGCAAAAUUUAUAUUAGACGGAGCAAUGGACCAGGACGUCGGUAUCAAUGGCCUACAAAGCUACACGUUGAAACCAACCGAUAAUUUUGCUCUUGAAUUGCAUAAUCAAGCCGAUGGCAAUAAAAAUGUAGAGAUGGUUUUAAAGCAACCUCUAGAUCGUGAAAGAGUGGAACAAAUAUCUCUGAUAUUAACAGCAGCAGAUGGAGGAGAGCCUCGGCUAUCAGGAACAAUGCAGAUACUCAUCACAGUACUAGACGCCAAUGACAAUCCACCCGUUUUUACGCAGCAUACAUAUAAAGCUACCGUUACUGAGCAUUCCCCAAAAGGAACACUUGUAAUUUCAGUGAGUGCAUCAGAUGCCGACCAUGGAUCAAACAGCAAAGUAACCUAUUCAGUUCGAAACACUUUAGAUGAUGUCAGAGAAAUGUUUGAUGUUGACGAGGACAGUGGCGAGAUUAGAUUGAUAGGAAAUGUUGAUUACGAAAAGACACGACGUUUUCAGAUCAGCCUGCGGGCAAGUGAUGACGGAGGCCUUACAGAUUCAUGCAAAGUCAUAGUUGAAGUAGUUGACACCAAUGAUAAUACGCCUAAUAUUAACAUUAUGUCUAAAUCAAACGUGAUCUCCGAAGACGCUAAAGCAGGUACUGUCGUAACUAUGAUGAAUAUUCAAGACCCAGAUUCUGAUGAUAAUGGCAGAGUGCAGUGCUCUAUUGACGAGAACAUCCCAUUUUUAAUGAAAUCAACAUCGAAUAAUUUCUUUACUGUUGUAACAGACAGUGACUUGGACCGAGAGAGAGCGUCUGAGUAUAACAUCAGUGUGACGUGCUCUGAUGAGGGAGUUCCCUCGCUCUCCAGCAGCGUCACUCUCACCUUACAGAUAUCAGAUGUGAAUGACAACGCGCCUGUCUUUGAGAGGAGCUCAUAUGAGGCCUACAUUAUAGAAAACAACACACCGGGCCACUCUAUAUUCACAGUGAAAGCCAGAGACGCUGACUGGAACCAGAAUGCCCGUGUUUCUUACAUACUGGAGGACUCCUCGGUUAACGGAGUGCCCGUCUCCUCAUAUGUGUCCGUUAGUGCUGACAGUGGAGUCGUCCAUUCAGUGCGCUCUUUUGACUACGAGCAGAUCAAGGAUUUCCAGUUCCGCGUAAAAGCGCAGGAUGGAGGCUCUCCUCCACUCAGUAGCAAUGCGACUGUAAAAAUAAUGAUCCAGGACCAGAAUGACAACAAGCCUCAGGUUCUGUAUCCAGUCCAGACUAGCAGCUCUCUGGUGGCUGAAAUGGUGCCUCGUUCAGCAGAUGUGGGAUAUCUUGUCACUAAAGUGGUGGCUGUUGAUGUGGACUCUGGACAGAAUGCCUGGCUCUCCUAUAAACUGCAUAAAGCGACAGACAGGGCGCUGUUUGAAGUGGGUUUACAGAAUGGAGAAAUAAGAACUAUUCGCCAAGUCAAUGACAAAGAUGUUGUGAAACAAAGGCUCACUGUUGUAGUGGAGGACAACGGGCAUCCCUCUCGUUCAGCUACAGUCAAUGUUAACGUGGCGGUGGCGGACAGCUUCCCUGAAGUGCUCUCGGAGUUCACUGACUUUACGCACGACAAGGACUACAAUGACAACCUGACUUUUUACUUAGUCUUGGCUUUGGCUGUAGUCUCAUUUCUGUUCAUCACAUGUUUAGUGGUUAUUAUAUCAGUGAAAAUAUACAGAUGGAGACAGUCUCGCGUCCUCUAUCAUUCCAAUCUCCCGGUUAUUCCGUAUUAUCCACCGCGUUACGCAGACACCUUGGGGACAGGAACUCUACAGCACGUGUACAAUUACGAGGUGUGCAGGACGACUGACUCCAGAAAGAGUGACUGUAAGUUCGUCAGACCCUGUAGUCAGAACGUACUGAUAAUGGACCCCAGUUCUACAGGGACGAUGCAGCGGAUGCAGAGUGAAAAGAACAUCCUGGAUGAAACAGACUCCCCAAUAGAGGUCUGUUAUAUUUGAAUCAUUAUCCUUCCCUUUAAUCUA